UAACAUAAACGACUAGUUUUUUCGCUUCGUUGCGGAAAGUGCUCGCGGACCUGAGAUACAACAAAAAAAUAGAUAUCUGUAAGAUACAACAAUACGAAGGGAGUUAUAGAUAUGAGAAGAAAGUGAAACAAACAACAUAAAUGCAGUUUAGUUUAGAAAUUUAAAAAACCAGUGAACUACAGAAAAAUAAAAAGCAGAGACAACAAAGUUGUGUACAGAAUAAAAUGGCAAACAUUUAUAACUAAAAGCAGUACCGAAACAGUGAAUAUGAAAUAAAUAUUGAGUAAAAAAAGUCGUUUCACAAAAACCACGCAAAAGUGUAUACAAGUCAAGAGUAAAUCGAAAUUGGAAGAUUAAAAAAAAAAAAAUAAAAAUAAAUAAAAUUGUAAUCAUUUGUAUAAAACGCACAGCAAAAAUUAUACACAACUUUUAAAGAAAAAUACCAGAGCAACAGGAAUUUGCCCUCCAAUAAAUAUAUAGCAGCGCGAGCAAACGUACGGACCAGCGCACAAUUGACUGCAUACACACCUACACACACACACUCACACAUACAAAUUUUCGAAAUGAAAAAAUAAUAAAUAAUUAAUUUUUUAUGGAAUGGAAUGCAGCAACAGAGAUAGCGCUAGCUGCCAACGCCUGGGGCCGUGCGCGUAAACGAGACGCCGACAAGUUGGAGCAGCGCACGAAUUCAAUUUUGAAACGAUCCAACAGUGAACAGCGAGCAACGUCGUAUAAUAAGCAGCAACACUAAGCACACGCGCGCGCAGUGGGGAAGCACGAAAAUAUGGUGUCCAUGCAUGCCUACGUUUGUGUGUUUAUAUGUAUGAGAGAGUGAGAGACGCUCAACGCUUGUUGUAGCAGCGCGCGUUAAUAGUGCGGCAAAGUGACGCGAAAUCGACGCGAUCAACGUGGAGCGCGACCAAUAACUAACUAACCGACUGCGUUAGUGUGUGAGCACGUUUCAUAUUGAGCACCGCGGUGUAGCAACGCGCAGAGCGCGCCACCAAAACAACGCCCCAACCACCCGCGCCUACCACACACACGCACACACACACACACACAGCCGCACAUGCACGUCUGCUCUAUUGGCACCAAACAACUACGAGCAGUCAACGCCGAGCAGUCAUCGUGGCCAAGUUACAUACGUACAGCUAUCUAGCAGCCAGUCAGCUAUAGCUAGCUAGCGCGCUAACGCCCGCAACGCGAUCGAACUGCUUGUAUAUACACACGCACGAACUAUAGCAAGUAACCCGUACGCGCCUUUACUCUGAUUAGUAUCGUUUGUGGCGAGCGCGUUGUGUACUAGGCGAGGAAUUUUUGUGCGCGUCUCACGUACUUAAAUAAAUUAAUAUAUUUAUCUAGUGUGUUGCCGUACAUAUUUACAUGUGUGCAUUUUGUUUUGAUUAUGUAGCGCUGUGUAUCUAAUGGAUGGUGUGUUACAUUUGCAAUUUGCAUAGCUACCAUACAUACAUAUACAUAUUUAUAUAUUAUAUACAAGUGUACAUGGCAUCUAGCGAUACGCGCGUGUCUUGAGCGAACGAAUUAUACAUAUAUAAUUUGUUAUAAUAACGCAAUGUCGUAAAUCACAAGUGAAUUGAGUGUAAAAAUCGCUAAGAAAAAAAAAAUUUUUUUUUUCAAUAAGUUUGAAAACAACUGUGCUGAAUUCUAAAUAAUUGGAAGUAAAGUACGCCAGCCAGCCAGCCAUUAUAAAGUGAAAACAGUGCAAGCGAGCAAGCGAAAAUCGUGAAAAUUAAUUGAAAGUUUGUGAAAAAAUAGUGAUAUACCACAUAAAAAAUAUAUAGCGCGCUGUUGCCGCCCCACAACUUAAUUGCCCAUUCAUCAAAUAGCAUACCGCUCCGCACAGCACGCUGAUUAGCGCUCACGAUUGCAAAUUGUAGUAGCGCAACAGCAACGCCCCAAAAGCAACAGCAAACACACGCGCGCUCACAUAAAUACUGUACAUUUCACCGGAUUGUAUGUGCCGCGUCUCUAGCGCUGCCCUACAUCUGCACGUAAAUACAACUUGCAGCCAGUAGUUAUGCGCCAGCGACCGUCUGCCGCAGCCAGCAACCGAUAAAAUAGAUAACAGCCGGUGCAAGCAAAAAGACAAGCCACAGCGAAAUUAUUAGCGCGGCGAAUAUGUUGUCGUCAGCGCCAAGCCAAAUGCUAGCACAAAUAACAAAAACAACAACAACACCGAUAAACGCAUUCACAACGUCAUCAGCAUAGUCGUUGCCAUCAACGUCAGCGCGCGCAUUGCUGUUGUGGUAGUCUACGGCGCUGUCGUAAAUCGCCUGCAUUUGACAGACGUAUUCGCUACUAGUGUCAGCAAUAGCAACAACAAGCGCAGUGGUAACACGGUAACGCGCUUAGUGACAAUUUUCCGACAGCAUUUGCAACAAAAAUAGCCGCUUUCAAGCAAACGCAAACAACAACACGAAAUAGCAACAAAGUUUUAAGCGCGUCGCUUUCUUGUUAUUGUUGUUGCAGGCAUUUAUGAAUUUUAGCGGAACGUUUACAUAUAAAUUGUUGUUACUGCUGCAUAUACAUUACCACGUUCAUAGUUUAAGUGACGCCUCGCGCCCAGUUGCAUACGCCAAAAACCACAGCUUAGUGGUGGAGGCGCGCAGAUACGCUUCAGCAGCCGGUGCCACCGUUUUUCUUGGCAAUCAUAAAAAAUUUCUCGUCGACAACGUGCAGGAAUUUCAAAUUGGAAUUAUGCCAAAACAACAGCCACAAUACCACCACCACCACCAUCUCCAACAACAACAACAGCAACACCAACAGCAACAGCACAUUCACCAUCAGCAGCAGCACAAUCACACAACGUCACAUCAUGGCGAGUAUCCGCUGCCAGAUGGUUGGGACAUCGCCACCGAUUUCGAUGGGAAAACCUACUACAUCGAUCAUAAUACGAAGAAGACAACGUGGCUGGAUCCGCGCGAUCGUUAUACGAAGCCGCAGUCGUUCGAAGAUUGUGUCGGCGAUGAGCUGCCCCAUGGCUGGGAGGAAGCCUACGAUCCACAUAUAGGACGCUACUACAUCAAUCACAUAGAGCAGUCGACACAGCUGGAGGAUCCGCGCCAGGAAUGGAAGAGCGUGCAAGAGCAAAUGCUAAGCGAUUACCUGUCCGCCGCACAAGAUCAAUUGGAGAACAAGCGUGAACUGUAUGACAUUAAGAAGCAGCGUUUGCAGAUAGCGCAGGAAGAGUAUAAUCAGCUGAAUAAAUUAGCGACCAGCAGAAGUAGUUUGUGUUCCUCUUCGAGCUCAAUGAGUCGACACGAUCCCGAUUUGUUGCGCGCCGAAGUCGCCUCAUCGUGGGAGCGUGUACGUCUGCUGCGACAGGAACUGAAGCACAUCACACACGAUAUUACGCACACGCAACGCGGCAUGAAUACGCUGUACUCGGUGGGCGAGAAGAUCAACGCACGUCAGAAUGGAUGCUAUGACAUAGCCGAAGUGCAGGCCAUACGCGAGGAGAUGCUUAAGGUGCACAAGUCGCUGGUGUCGGGUGAGAAGGUGCGCGAAGAGCUGAUGCGCAGUUUGGUGGAGAUUAAGAAUGAGCUGAGUCGCCAACAGAUCAACGAUGAGAAUGCCGAGCUGAUGAAUGCCGCCUCACCGUUUGAUCGCGUUUGCGUCGCUUCACAGACAGAUUUGUGUGGCGCCGGCGAUAUGAAUAGCGGCGCACGUUUUGCCGAGAUGGCCAAGACGAAAUUGCAGUACUCCGAAUGGCGUAAACAUAUAAAGAAAUUGCAACAGCAAUUAGUGGAUCAUGUGGAACGUAUCGACCCCGGCCAGUUGGAAUCUGAUAAGGAUCGCAUUUUGUUGAUACAGGAGAAGGAGAAACUACUCACCGAUUUGAAUAGCAUUUCGAUGGAGUCGCGUCCACACGAAGAGGUGCACGUCAUACAGCAAACACGCCGCAAACUUGAGGAAGAUCUGAAAGAGGCGUAUGAGGCUACAAAUCAAUGCAUAGCGAAACGUUUACGUUUCCACGAAGAAAAGCAGUUGCUGGUUGGUGAGCUGCAGGAAGCGCUCAAAUCUACAAAGAAACUAGAGGAACGUCUCAAGUCAUUCUCCUCGGAGAGCACAUUCUCCAUUAGCAGUGGUUCUAGUCUGGGUUCAUUGUCGACGGCGAGCAGCAAGAGCGCGCUCAGCUUCACCGACAUCUACAUCGAUCCAUUUGCUGUGGAUUCACAAAUUGAUGUGAUCGACUUGCAGCGUCGCUCACAGCGUUUUUACCAACAGCAACAACUGCAAGCCGCACAGGCGCAGUUACAGCUACAACAACAACAUCAGCAACAACAGCACCAGCCACAAAUGCAUACGGUUACGCAUGCGCAUCCACAGCUACAACAGCAGCCCUCUUCGGAGUUGUCGCUGUCGCCGCGUAGCAGUCUCUCUAUGGAAACACCACCCGCCUCGCCUAUGAAAUACAGUGCCGAUCAAGUAGCGAUCAGCAGCCAGCGGCUCAAGGAAGAGCCAACCUAUGCCAACACACCUGCAGGCGCCGCUUUGCCGCCACUCUAUCAGCCAAAUCCAGCAUUGGCUGCCGCAAUGACACGUACGCAUGCACAGGACUUGGACUCAACACUGCUGGAUUGUAUGGUGUUGGAGGCCAAACUGCAGAAACUUAACUUAUCCGCACCACUGAACCUGCCCGCUGCGCCGUUGUCGCCAAUUUCCGAAAAGCCAUCAUUGCUGGAUCUGCCGCAAGAGAUGCUCAGCCGUUCGUCAUCGUCCUCGAAUACACGUUCCGUUUCGGCGGCAGUAAGCAAUGAAUCAGUCGCUGGCGACUCUGGCGUUUUUGAAGCUUCGCGCGCACAUUUCCCGCGCAAGGAGCUGGCACAAGUGCAGAUCGGACUGAAAUAUCUUAAGGAUAAGGGUCUACUAGUCGUAUCGCUGGAACGUGCGAACAAUCUCUCAGCGCUGUGGACUGCGACCGCGGACAAUUCACAAGUUUAUUUACGCGCCGCUUUGUUGCCCAACUCGCUUACUUCGAUUCGCACAAAACCCAUGUCGGACUUCCAAAAACCGGUCUUCAGUGACACCUUUGCCGUGCCCAUAACGCUCAGCAAACUGCAGACGAAGAGCUUGCAGGUGACUGUGGUCAGCAUGACCGGCCAGAAAGAGGAGAUUAUCGGCACCGUACAGAUCAGCAUGGCUGAAUUUAAUGCAGACGACUCCACACUCAAGUGGUACAAUGUGCUCAGCUCUAAAUUUAUGCCGACAUUUGAGCCAGUAGAUAUGCCUUCAACGAGUGCGGCCGCCGCUGCCGCAGCCGCUACUUCUUCGGCUGCAGCGCAACAUACGUCCGCAGCCAAUGCUGCCGCCACAAAUGCACCAAAUGUCGCCAAGGAAGAGUCGUCCGAUGAAUCGACAAUUACCUCGUCACAAACCUCAACGCUGACACGCAACCAAGUGCCGCCCUUCGAGAUGCAAGCCCAAAUCACUGAGGAAAUCGAACAACUGAGUGUAAACGACGAGGAUGAUGAAGAUGAGGAGGAUGAUGAUGAGGACGACGAUGAUGACAAUGAGUUAGAGGAACUGACAGCGGACUUCACAAAGAAAAUGCUGGAGGCCUACAAUUGCAUCGAUCUGAUUAAGCAAGAAUAUGCGGACAAGGAAACAAACACAGAGUGCGCGUUUGCACCCGAAAAAUUACGUGCUUCACAACAGCAACAGCAAAUGGCCGACGAUAGGCCGGUAAAGCGUUCGCAGACAUUCACGCCCUCGGCAGCAGUCAAUAAGAACCGUUACAUCUGCCGACUCAAUCGCUCCGACUCGGAUUCGGCCAUGCAUUUCGGCGUGACGCCGCAUCCCUUCCAUCGCGGUGCUGUCGAGCGACGUUCGCUACGCUUCCACACCAAAGCGCCAAAGCAAGUGACGAAACUUCGUCAUACACAUAUACCAAGAACCAGCUUGGACUUGGAGCUCGAUCUGCAAGCGCAGCAUAGCAAAUUAGAUUUCCUAAACGAUCAAAUUGCCAAAUUACAGAACUUGAAGCAAGUACUGGAGAAGGGUCGUGAUAAUCGCGAUCCCCUAAUUGCCGCCUGGGCUAUUGAGAACGAGGAGUUCCAACGCUUGGUCGAGCGUGCUGAUCCGGCCAAAUGCCCUGAGGAGAAGCAACUGCAUAAGCUUUUGAUGAAAACUGCCAAAGAAAUUCAUAAGCUGCGCAAAACCAAGGUGCCGAAGGGAUCACCCGAUUUGUUGUCGUUCAAAGAAAAAAUGACCUUCUUCACACGCAAGGGCCUACCAGUGCCCGACUUACCAGAUCGUGCCGACUUCGUUUUGCCCGAUGCCGAUCUGAUCGAAGAGGAAGACGAAGAGGAGGACGACGAGGAGGACAAGGCACGCGAAACAGCGAUCGCCAUCAAUACAGCGCUCGUGGCCAGCAAUAAUCGAAAUAAGAAUCUCAGUGAGAAUCAUUUGGGCAUCGCCGUCAGUCGUCGCGAAUUGAACGCGGCCAAGAGCACAGCAGCUGCUGCCGCAGCAGCAGCAGCAACGGCAGCGGCAAAAGUAAACGCCGCCAAUGCGGAUAUCUCAACGCCGAGCACAAGUGCCGCGGCAGCGGAGACGCUCGCGAAUAGCAACAACAGCAACGGCGCCAAUGGCGAGCAGCAAGACGAGCGCUAUGACUACGUGGUCGACCGCAAUUACGGUGUGGAAGUUUGAAGCCACACAGCAUUGCUUAACUGUAUAUUUUGUAGUUGUAUAUAUAAUUUUCGUUUUUUGCAUUAGUUCUUCAUUUAUACAUAUUUAUGCAUUGUACAUUGAACAUCCGCUACAGGAUAACACAUAACCAAGAGAAACAAAUAUUGUGCCUUACUCGUAGUUUUAUCAAGGUCUAGAAGGUAUCACGAAGAGGUUAUGAUAUCUUUUAGCUUUUUUAUUUUAGUUGUUAAAUUAAUAUGGUGUACAAAAUUGAGUAUUUGCUUAAUUGCAAAGGAAAAUAGAUAUAAUAUAAUGUUAUGAAUAUAGUUUUAAGUCGCCGAAAAAGCGCUCGGCGGGCACGCGCAUGCUGACGUUUAUGUUAAAAUUGUAUAAAAAUUUGUUUAGAAAUUGAAUUUGAACCUGAAAGGCUUAUCACACACCCAAGACUUUACCGAUUGCAUUGUAACCAAGCUAUAAUAGUUUUUUCGACAGACCAGCGAAAAUAGCGAAAAUAGCAAAAACAAACAAAAACACCCAAAUUAGACGCUAGAUGUCGUAGCGUUCAUAGCUGUAAUUAAAUUUCGUUUUAUUUUCGUUAAAAUCAUAACUAAAUGUAAAGUAGUUAAGCAGCAGCUCUUGUAUAUGCGACAAAAGCGAAAAAUUUAUCGCAUGCGAUUUAUUUUGCCAAAACAUUUACAUUAUUUCUUAUUUAUUUAAUUUUUUUAUACAUUAUUAUAUUUUAAUAUAUUGGAAGGCUUGCGUUUUUGUUGAGCUCGAUUUUAUAAUGUUUUGUUGUAAUUUAUAUUGAAUGAUGGCAAUCC